CAGUGAUGCACCCUAUUUAUGCUUGCGAGGCGAAGAAGAAGUCGGCUUUUGUUGACGGAUGUUGAAUAGUAUAUUCAGUAGUCAAGGUAGCUGUUUACCUUCGUUUCAUCAUUCCAUAAUCAUAUUAACAUGUUUACGGACGAAGACCAAGUGUCAAUAAAUAUCCAGUCAUCCUGGAGAAAAUCUCAGCAGUCGUCGCAGGAGUCGAGAGGCUGUCAGACCAGAACCAUCCGCAGUGCUGAAUCAGGAGUACAGACUCGUUCCAGUGUUGUUGGAAGUACUCAAACAGAGCUCCAGGAUCAUGUAACGACACAGUUCCUCCAGGACCCCGACACUGUGCUCCAUUUGCCGGGCUUGAAGGAGUUCCUAGAUCAAGUUGAAGGCCAAGUCAUCCGAGAGUUGGUCAAAAAUUCCAAAAGUCAUGCUUUUGAUGGCUUUCAGGUGAACUGGGAAGAACACAAUCAGAUGGUUUUUUGCCUUCAUCAACUUCAACAUCCCAAGGCCUUAGAGCGAGGUCUUCAUAUAACGUCUGUGUCCUGGAGUUGUACCGGUGGAGUAAUAGCCUGUGCUUAUGGACGGUUGGCAGAAGGUGAUUGGAGCAAUGACAAGUCAUAUAUUUGCAUGUGGAACAUUGAUCAUGGAGGUCUGAACCCCAAACAAGCUGAUCUGAUCAUAGAUGUCCCAACUACAGUGACAUCUCUGUGUUGUCACCCCAAGCACCCGGCUCUCAUGGCAGGUGGUUUGUAUACUGGGGAAGUGAUAGUCUGGGACACCAGUCAGUCUACAGAUCCAGUACUGGUGCAAACUGGCAUGUCUGCAGAUAGCCACAGAGAGCCUGUUUGUCAGGUUACCUGGGUGCCCCUUCGUAAUAAAGGAGAGUUUGGUGUUCUGAGUGCAUGCUCUGGAGGGAGGAUUCUUCUGUGGACAGUGAACACGGAGCAAGGAAAAUGUGUCCUGAAAUCGGCCUUUGCGCUUGUGCAACAGCAAAUACUUUCCAGCAGCAGCUUCAAGGGUCAAGGCACUGGCACUGUGGGUGUCACCUCUUUGGAUCUGUCUCCAUGGGACCCAGACAUGUUCUUAGUAGGCUCCGAGGGUGGCCUUCUGCUUAGAUGCUCCCUCUCCUCCCAGACACCAGCAGCAGUCCCAUCUGAAUGUCUCAGUGUGCCACUAAGAACUCCAACAGUCUUCUCCUUUAGGCCUGCUAGCGGCCCUGUCCACUCCAUACACUGUUCACCUUUUCAUAGGAACUGAUGGUCUGGCUCACCUCCAUUCUCUGCUGCAGACCAACCCACUGCGCUCACUUCGAGUGUCCGACACUUAUGUUUUUAAAGUGCAAUGGUCUCCAACCAGGCCGCUGCUUUUUGCUGCAGCCACCGGACAAGGU